AAAUAUUGCAUUUGAAAAUAUAUUAUAUAUAUAUAUAUAUAUUAUAUUUUUAUAUGGCCUUAUAGAUUUAAAAAUAUAUAGUAGCUGCAAGGUGUGCUCGUUAGUCUUGAGGCAUAAAAUUCCAACACCCAAAUCACUCCCUCCAUUUCUGUUAUUUUUUCAUAUCAAAAUGGGCGCAUUCCUUCUUACUCUCUUCCUUCACCAUCCAUUCUUUAUUUUGUUGUCAGUGUCUAUCUACAUACUUCUAAUAAUUCUAAGCCGUCUCUAUCGAGUUGCUAAGUUUUCCGGCAACGGCCAUGGCCCUCCAAGUUACCCUUUUAUAGGGUGCUUGCUUUCCUUCUAUAGGAACCGAUACCGCCUGUUGGACUGGUACACUGAACUCCUCGCAGAGUCACCCACCAACACCAUCGUGGUGCAACGGUUCGGUGCUCGCCGGACCAUCAUCACAGCCAACGCGGAGAACGUUGAGUACAUGCUCAAAACAAAUUUCAACAACUUCCCAAAAGGAAGACCUUUCACUGAAAUACUUGGGGACUUUCUUGGCUUUGGUAUAUUCAAUGUGGAUGGAGAGCUAUGGCGCACCCAACGCAAGCUUGUCAGCCAUGAAUUUAGCACCAAGUCUCUGCGAGAAUAUGUCAUGAACACGUUGCAGGAAGAAGUAGAGAACCGGUUAAUGCCUGUCAUGGAAUCCCUGGCAGCUGCAGCUCAAGAAGUAGACUUACAAGACCUCCUAAGAAGAUUUGCAUUCAAUGUGAUUUGUAAGGUUUCUUUGGGGAUUGAUCGCUGUUGCUUGGAUCCUUCUGAAUCUGCCUCGCCGCUACCAAGAGCUUUCGAUGCUGCGUCGGGUAUAUCUGCUCAGCGUGGCGCUGCACCCUCGUUUAUGAUUUGGAAGACUAAGAGAUGGCUUGGAAUUGGAUCGGAGAGAAAGCUAAAAGCUGCUGUUAAAGAAGUCCAUGCCUAUGUUAUGGAAAUAAUUCAUACCAGGAAGAAGGAGAUCGAAGAAGGAGAAUUCGUUGGUGAAGAUCUCUUAACAAGGCUAAUAACGGCCAGGCAUGAUGAGGAGGUGACUAGGGAUAUGGUUAUAAGCUUUAUCAUGGCAGGGAGGGACACAACUUCAGCAGCAAUGACAUGGCUAUUCUGGCUACUUUCUUGCCAUCCAAAUGCGGAGAAGGAAGUUGUGAAUGAGAUCAAGGCUGUGGAGCAAGAAGGAAUGCUAAGUUAUGAAUCUUUGCAUGAGUUGAAGAUGUUAAAGGCAUGCCUUUGUGAGUCCAUGAGGCUUUACCCGCCAAUAGCAUGGGACUCAAAGCAUGCCAUAACCGACGAUUUGUUGCCGGAUAGCACUCAAGUUCGGGCCGGAGAUAGGGUGACCUACUUCCCCUAUGGGAUGGGGAGAAUGGAAGCGUUGUGGGGGAAAGAUUGGAUGGAGUUCAAGCCAGAUCGAUGGUUCCUUGAACCGGACAAGGAAAGAGGAGAACUAAAGGAGGUAUGUCCUUACAAGUUUCCAAUUUUCCAGGCAGGUCCAAGGAUCUGUAUUGGGAAGAAAAUGGCAUUUAUUCAAAUGAAAUAUGUGGUGGCUUCUAUUCUCAGGGAGUUCGAAAUCAGACCGGUCGGUUCAAAUAGGCCGGUCUUCGUGCCGCUCCUGACAGCCCACAUGGCCGGCGGUUUAAAUGUUUCGGUUAGGAAGAGGAAGACUGACUAAUUAAGAUGGAACCUAAACAACUCAUUAAAAUAGUUCGGAGUCAAUGGUUUUGAUUCAAGUUUUGUUGGAUGGCAUAACAUGCCAAUAUGCCUUUAUUGUUAAUAUAAAUGCAAGAUAUUGUUAUGUACAACAAUCAUAUGUACAAAAAUCAUGGAAGUAAACUAUGUACACAUCUAC